AUGGAAGAACUGCAGUGGGAUCAACUGUUACCAGCACACCAUGUAGCAGCAUGGAGAAAAUAUCAUGAUUCAUUAUCAGAACUCAACUCGCUACAACUUUCAAGAAAUGUCAAUCCAGGUAAUGUAGCGGGAAAAAUUGACUUAUUUGGCUUCGGUGAUGUUUCUCAGAGUGCAUUUGGAGCAUGUUUAUAUGCAGUUAGCACUGACCAAAACGGUAAUAUAAAUUCACAUCUUCUUUGUGCUAAAUCAAAGAUGGUACCUCUGAAAACGCUCUCUUUACCCAGAUUGGAGUUAGAAGCAGCUUUACUUUUGGUACAAUUAGUUCGCAAUGUUAAACUGGCUUUACACGGUAGGGUUCAUCGAAUUUCAUUAUGGAGCGAUAGUACGAUCGUUCUUGGAUGGAUUAGAACGGAACCGCAUGCAUUAAAGACUUUCGUUGCUAACAGAAUAGCUAAAAUACAAGAGUUAACGCAAGAGGGAGCUACGUGGCAGCACGUGCCUUCAGAGGAAAACCCAGCAGACCUUCUGUCCAGGGGAACGACCAUUGCUGAACUUCAGACAAACAACUUGUGGUGGAAUGAACCCGCAUGGAUUAAGGAAAAGGGGCAGUGCCCUAAGCAAAUCGAAAAGCCAGACACGGAUCUACCAGAAAUGAAAAAUAUCCCAGUUGCUUUGAUUUCCACACGAUCAUCUUCAGCUCCCUUAUUACUAGCAUGUGAGUCGUUCAACAAGCUAUGUAGAAUAGUAGCUUAUUGUUUUAGGUUUGCUAGUAUUAGAAAACUGCCUUCCAUUGAAGAGAGACUCAGCAAAACUCACAAAGACGUGAAACCACCAGGAGUUGAAGAAAUAAACCGAGCAGAGAGAGCCAUUUUCAAGUGGAUUCAGAAGGAAGAAUUUCCCCUUGAGCUACGAAGCUUAAGGAAUAAUCAAGAUCUACUGAGGAAAAGCGCCCUUAGAUCGCUUACUCCUUUUUUAGAUGAGCAGGGAUCCGUACUGGUGGAAGGUUAA